AUGGCAACACAAACCCUGGCCGACUGGACAGUCUCUCUAUCCUACUCCGACCUCCCAGAAGAAGUAAUCCACGCCGCAGUACGAAGCUUCUACAACAUAGCCGGAUGCAUAGUCGGUGGGAGCAAGCACCCAGCAACAACAAUAGCCCGUAAUGCCCUAUCCCCUUUCACAGGACCACCGACCUCCCACCUCCUCGGCACAAACACCUCCACCGACGCCAUGCACGCCGCACUUUUCAACGGAAUCGCCUCCCACGUCCACGACUACGACGACACCCACCUGGACACAAUAAUCCACCCAACAGGCCCUGUAGCAUGUGCCCUCCUCGCUAUAAUCCCGACCCUCCCACACCCCGUCUCCGGGACCCAGUUCAUAACCGCGCUGGUCGCCGGUAUUGAAGCUGAGUGUAAAAUCGGUCUCGCCGUCUGGCCGGAGCAUUACGAUAUCGGCUGGCAUAUUACUUCUACCACGGGUUCAAUCGGUGCUGCUGUGGCGGUGGCGAAUUUACUUGCGUUAUCGGCUGAGCGUGUCGCUCAUGCGAUUGGUCUUGCCGCUACGCAGGUUACGGGGCUGAGGGAAAUGUUUGGGUCCCAUGCGAAGUCUUUUCAUCCUGGAAGGGCGGCGCAGAAUGGGUUGCUUGCUGCUUUGCUUUCGCGGGAGGGGUUUACGAGUUCGGUUGAGGCGCUUGAGGCGAAGAGGGGGUGGGCUAAUGUUGUUUGUUCUGGGGGGAAUAGGCUUGAAGAGGAGAUUGCGGGGCUUGGGGAAGGUGGGCGGUGGGAGAUUGUGAGAAAUGCGUUCAAGCCGUUUCCUUGUGGGAUUGUUGUUCACCCAGUUAUUGAUGGGUGUGUUUGGUUGCAUAGGGAGUUGGGGAGGGUUGGGGUUGAUGUUGCGGAUGUUGAAGAGGUUGUUGCGGAUGUGCAUCCGCUCGUUCUAGAGUUGACGGGGAAGACGACGCCGAACGAUGGACUGGAGGCUAAGUUUAGUGUUUAUCAUGGUGGUUCAGUUGGUUUAUUGUUCGGGAAGGCUGCGCCGGCGCAGUAUGAAGAUGAUGUGGUGCUUGAUGGGCGGGUUGUGGCAUUGAGGGCUCGGUUUAGGGCGGUUCCUGAUGAGAAUUUGCGGGCGGAUGAGUGUCAUCUUGUUGUGAGAGUGAGGGGAGGGGCUAGUAUUGAGAAGCAUGUCGACUAUGCCAUGGGUAGCUUGGAACACCCCAUGACAAAUGAACAGUUAACGGCAAAGUUCGUUGAUCAGUGUGUUGGAAUUCUGGGAGAAGAGCGGACUGACAGGGCGAGUCGGUGGUGUUGGGGUUUGGAAGGACAGGCCGACGUGAGUCGAAUUAAUGACGUGUUGUAG